AUGGAGGAUUUUUAUGAGACAAGGAUUUCUGAAGUUGAUGGUCAAAUGGUUGCCUUCUUUGGUGUUUUUGAUGGUCACGGAGGUGCUAGAACUGCAGAAUAUCUAAAAAAUAACCUUUUCAAGAAUUUAAGUAGCCACCCUGAUUUUAUCAGAGACACAAAGACAGCUAUUGUCGAAGCAUUUAAACAGACAGAUGCAGAUUACCUCCAUGAAGACAAAGUCCAUCAUAAAGACGCCGGGUCAACUGCAUCAACUGCUGUGCUUCUAGGGGACCGGUUGCUUGUUGCAAAUGUUGGCGAUUCUCGAGUUGUUGCCUGUAGAGCUGGUUCAGCUAUCCCAUUGUCUAUCGAUCAUAAACCUGAUAGAUCUGAUGAACGCCAAAGAAUCGAAGAGGCUGGAGGUUUCAUCAUAUGGGCAGGAACAUGGCGGGUGGGUGGUGUGCUUGCUGUUUCUCGUGCAUUUGGGGAUAAGCUACUUAAGCCAUAUGUUGUUGCUGAGCCAGAAAUUCAGGAAGAAGAAAUUGAUGGUGUAGAAUUUAUAAUUGUUGCAAGUGAUGGGCUAUGGAAUGUCCUAUCAAAUAAGGAUGCAGUAGCUCUAGUGCAGGACAUAACAGAUGCAGAAGCAGCCUCAAGAAAAUUAAUACAAGAAGCUUAUGCACGUGGGAGCUCUGACAACAUUACCUGUGUUGUCGUCAGAUUUGACAACUCAUAA